AUGUUACUGGGCACGGUGCACGAGGACGGCCCGGUGCUAGCCAAGACGCGAGCCACGGACUUCAGCAUCGCAGCCAUCAUGGCGCCCCGGCGCCUGCCGCCGCCGCUGCCCGCGGCCGCCACGACGCUGCCCGACGUCGGAGCGUCGUCGCCACCGCGUCUCCCGGCCGUGGCUGCAGCGGCGUCGCUGGCCGCUCCGACGCGCCACGCCGCGUCGCCGGCGCCUACACCCGCCGCUAUGGGUGGCGACAGCGAGGAAGACGAGGACGUGGAGGUGGACGUGGAGCAAUGCUCGGACAGCGAGGCCGGCUGCGGGGGCGGUGGCGACGCGGAGCGCGAGACGCCGCCCCCGCCCGCCCCCUCCAGGGUGAAGGUGCGCUGCAACUGCGACGAGCUGCUGGCCGCCGAGUGCCACCUCGAGACCAAGGAGCUGUGGGACAAGUUCCACGACCUGGGCACCGAGAUGAUCAUCACCAAGACCGGCAGGCGCAUGUUCCCGACGUGCCGCGUGUCGUUCACGGGCGUGCGCGCCGAGCAGCGGUACGCGGUGCUGAUGGACAUCGUGCCGGUGGACAACAAGCGCUACCGCUACGCCUACCACCGCUCGUCGUGGCUGGUGGCCGGCAAGGCGGACCCGCCCGCGCCCUGCCGCCUCUACAUGCACCCAGACUCGCCCUUCACCGGCGAGCAGCUGCGCAAGCAGGUCGUCUCCUUCGAGAAGGUCAAGCUCACCAACAACGAGAUGGACAAGAACGGACAGAUCGUGCUGAACUCGAUGCACCGCUACCAGCCGCGCAUCCACCUGGUCAAGUGGCGAGAGCACGGCGGGCCCAUCACCGACCUGGAGAGCGAGCAGUACCGCACCUACAUCUUCCCCGAGUCCGUGUUCACCGCCGUCACCGCCUACCAGAACCAGCUGAUAACGAAGCUGAAAAUAGACAGCAAUCCUUUUGCUAAGGGUUUCAGGGAUUCAUCAAGGUUAACAGAUUUUGAUAGGGAUCCGAUGGACGCGAUGUUCGUGGACCAACACUUCCUGCGCUCCCCCGCACUGCGGCUGUACUCGGAGAUGGACGCCGAGAACAACAACGCGGCGGCGGCGGCGGCUGCAGCGGCGGCGGCGGGAGGCAGCGCGGGCUUCUUUUCGGCCGCAAUGAUGGAGAAGGCGCGCGCGCACCUGUCACUGUGGGGGCGGCCCUACUCGCCCGCAGAGCUGCACGCGCUGCUGGGGGCGGCGGCGGUGCAGUCGCCCCCGCUGUGGGCCGCCGCCUCCGGCGCGGGGCCCGGCGCGCCGCGCAUGCCGCCGCUGCCGCUGGCCGGUCACCUCUGGGCCGGGGGCGGCGCCCCGGCGCCAAUCCCGCCGCCCGCGGCGGCCGCGCCGGCCCCGGCGCCGCAGUCGUGGUCGGUGCUGUCGCCGCCGCCGACGUCUUCGUCGAGCUCGUCGGGGUCGCCGUCGCCGUCUUCGGCCGGGGCGGCGGAGCUGCGGCUGCCGCGGCCCGUCUUCCCGCAGCGCUUCAGCCCCUACCCGCUGGUGGCGGCGCCGGUGCCCGUGCCGGCGGCCAAGCAGCUGUCGCCGCCCGCCGCGCCGCCCACCGGCCCACAAGACCACCGCGCCAACUGA